AUGACGGUUUGCUUCUUUUUUUCCUCCCUUGUACGCUCGAUGCAUGUUUUUCUAGGACUCGGGUUGUGCUUUUGUGACGGGAAUUCCUGGAGCCUGGUGGGACGGCACGCAGGGGGUUCAUGUGUACCGUAAAAACUCAUUAAAUGAACUAUCGUGGAUCUCAA